AUUAUACACAAUUGCAAGUGAUAUUACUCUUCGAUAUGUUCAAACAUUUCAAAAGAACUUUGGUUUUAGGAAAAGAAAUCGUGCCGGAUAUUUGUAAGAUAAUACAAUCGGGAAUGAGGUUUUUAGCAUCACUCCUUGAGUUUUUGCUUUUUUCAUACCUAGGUAAACUAAAUUAAUGGCUCAAGGAAGUUCACAAUAGACUGUAUGGUACAUUUCAUAUCUCGCCAAAUGUCAUUUUGCUGCCAGCUAUGGUUGGUGUAAUUGCUAAUAUGUAAAAUUAGCUGGCAUCGUCACUGGAUAUGAAGCAAUUUAUUAGGGGUCGAUACAAUCAAUGCUGACCUUAUCGGAUUUACUGGCGGACUUUCCCACAAAUAAAUUUUACCCUACCCUCCCUACUCCCUAUUCCCAUUCUACUUUCUCACACAUUCUCUGCAUCUCUCAAUACCUUGUUCAAUUUUCGAUCUCCAUCUCCUCAUUUUCUCUUAUCAAAGGUUCAAACUCAGAGGAGUUUGUGAUCUGAUUUAGGUGAUUUUACUUCAUUUUGUGUUUGUAUGAUGCCUAUGUUUUUAUGUUAUUUUUUGUUGGUUUUCCUUUUUUUCUUUCUUCGUAAACUAGAUCAACUGAGUGGUUACUAAUUUUCCAUCACUUUCAUGUUUCGUUUCAUGACUUACACGAUAUCUUUUAUUUUAGAUUAGAAAGAACAUGUGUUUGUUCUCAUCUUGAUUUUGAAGAUAGAUUUUGGACUAGUUAUUUUAUUCCUCCUUUUGGUGGUUGUUUUAGUGGUUAUGUUGUUCAAACUAACAAUUUUGGAAAACUUUUGUUACGUAAAUAAGGUGGGUUUAAUCUCUGCUUGUAAUUAAAACAUAAAAUAAUAAAUUACAAGUAGAAUGGAGCAACCCUUAUGAAGAAACCAAUAACUACUAUGAUAUUUACUUUGCAGUUUGUUUCUACUUGAUUAUGAGCCAUUUGAUUAAGCUGUUAAACUUGUACUCAUAUAUUCUCGAAUAUUAUUCUUUUGUCUCUGCUGUAACCCAUUUCUUCAAAUAAAUGUACAAAUGCUUAGUGGUUUAAAUUUGGUUGUUAUUCUCUGCUAGUCUUUAGGUUACAAUACAUGCAUGUCUUGAAAUAACUUCAUUCUCUCAUAGAUUUUGUAACCUUUAAAAAAUAUUUUCCAGCGUAGGCUAUCUAAACAUAUUAACAAUUUAAUUUUAAUUUUUGUAAUAUUUAUUUAACAGAUUAUGGAGAAUUAGGACCAGUUUCAUUGUCAGUGUGCAUAAGUAGUAAGUAGCAAUAAUAUAAAAUAAUUUUCUUCUUUCUAAAAUGUCCUUAAGGAAUGCUAAUUCUAGAUUUUCUUCCUGGAUUACUCCAAUUUACAGGCAUGGCAAGUUAAAAAGUUUUUUUGGUCGGUGAAAAGGAAAAUUAUUUAUAUAUUCUGUUGAUAUGCAUAAGUAGUAAGUAGCAAUAAUAUAAAUAAAUUUCCUAGAAUGUCCUUAAGGAAUAUAAUUCGAGAUUUACUUCCUGGGGCCCUCCAUUUUACACGCAUGGUAAGUAAAAACGUUUUUGGUCGGUGAAAAGGAAAAUUAUUUAUAUAUUUUGUAAAUCUGCAUAAGAUUAUACUAAUAAGCAUAAAAUUGCAAUAGUCAGUAUUAGAUUGCAGUAAGCAGUAUCGGAUUACAGUAAUCAACACAAUUUUCCUUUUUUGCUGGUAAGACAUCCUUAUUUGGUCUUCCCUGGAACAAUUAUGCAUACAUUUUUGCCAUUGCAGUUAAGAGAACGCGGUGCCUGAUUGAGAAAACGAUUGAAAAACAAGAUUUACAAAGACAAUUAGGAGUUGAAAUGAUGCCGUGGAGAAGUACAAAUGAAGAUGCAUCUUCUGCUGAAAAUAUGCAGAUGAAUGAACCCAACUUAAAGAAGAAAAGAAGCGAUUCAAAUAAUUGCCAUCAAUGUCGCCGAAACGACAAAGGAAGAGUCGUAAGAUGCACAAGGUGCAAUAAGAAGGGUUAUUGUAUUACAUGCAUCACCAAAUGGUAUGCAAGGAUGCAUGAGACAUAUUUUGCUGAAGCCUGCCCCAGUUGUCGUAACAUUUGCAACUGUACAGCUUGCUUACAGUCUGAUGUGGCCAAUCAAGAAUUGCUGAUGCCAGACCUUUGCAUUAGUGACAAGAGUCAGUACUCAAAGUAUAUUGUUCGAGUACUUCUUUCUUUCUUGAAGAACUUUGUCGCUGAGCAAAAUAUGGAAAAAGAACACGAGGCCAGAAUUCAAGGCUUAUCGGUUGCAGGACUACGGCUUCCCAAAGCAAACCUUAGCCAUGAAUAUCAACUGAAAAAAUGCGGUAAUUGCAAAUCUUCAGUAUUUGAUAUUCACCGAAGCUGCCCAAACUGUUCAUACAAGCUUUGUGUGAGCUGCUGCCAAGAGAUUAGAGACGGAUUUAUUUCUUACUGUAAACUGACAAAUAACGGCAACAUUAUUUGUCCAUCUCAAGGUAUGGGGGGCUGUGGUCCUAGGAUUCUGGAGUUGAAGUCCACAUAUUCAGUUAACUGGAUAUCGGAACUGCUAACAAAAGCAGAAUCCGUAGCUGAUGCUCAUGAACCUUCUGAAGGAGCAUGCUCAUGCUCGGGAUAUAAUCAUGGGAGUGAAUCGGAUCACUUCCAUUGUCCCACAGUUGAGGCCGUUGAAACAGCGGACGAAAAACAUUUCCAAUGGCACCUAUAUAAAGGUGAGCCUGUAAUAGUCCCUAACGUCCUCCGAAGAACGGCUGGGUUGAGCUGGGAACCAUUAGUCAUGUGGCGUGCUUCUCGCAAAAUCAAAAGCACUCAUGACUUGCGUAUUCUUGAGUUCAGCGUAACGAACUGCUUAAAUUGGUGUGAGGAAACAAUUAACAUACACCAAUUUUUCAAAGGAUACACUGAAGGCCUCUGGGACAGUGAAGGUCGGCCCAAAAUAUUAAAGUUGGAAGAUUGGCCUCCAGCUGAAUCAUUUGCAGAACGACUGCCGAGGCAUUUGCAAGAGUUUGUCAAAUGCUUGCCUUUCAAGCAUUAUACUCAUCAAGCUGGCUACCUCAACAUGCCAGCUAAAACACCAAAGAAAUCUUUGAAGCUAGAGUUGGGUCCAAAGAUAUGCUUUGGUUAUGGAGUCGAUGAGCACCUUGGCUUUUGUUCCGCAACCAAGCUCCAAUAUGCUCUUUCAGAUAUGGUCAAUAUCUUGAUGCAUACUGCUGCCCAGGACCCAGUUGUAUCUUCUGCAAGUAAUGAGAAAGCAAAUGAAAACGCCAUGAGAAAUCAACAAAAUGAAAGGGAAAAUAAAAAUAAGGGAAAAGAAAAAAUCGAUUCUUCAACCUUAGCAAACAAUGAGCAAAGGUUCGAUGAACAAAAAGGCGGUGCUGUCUGGGAUGUUUUCAGGAGACAAGAUGUUCCUAAAUUGGAGGAAUAUCUUAGGAGGCAUUACGGACAGUUCAGACAUAAAUUCCCUCUGCAACAAUUGUUUCACCCUAUUCAUGAGAAAGCAUUUUACCUAACGGGGGAGCAUAAACGGAACCUGAAAGCAGUAUAUGGAAUCAAACCAUGGACUUUUAUUCAGAAAUUAGGAGAUGCAGUGAUUAUACCAGCUGGCUGCCCUUAUCAAGUUCGGAAUUUAAAGUCGUGCACCAGUGUCUCUGCUAACUUUGUUUCACCAGAAAGUGUUGGUGAGUGCAUUCGUCUAUCGACGGAAUAUCGGCGUCUCCCUCACAGUCAUAGUUCCAAGGAAGACAAGUUGCAGGUGAAAACACUGGUUCUCUAUGCCGUAUGCCAAGCUGUGCAAUACUUGGAAAGGAUUGAUCUUAAUAAUACCUUAAGAAAUCCGUUUGAGCAUGAGAAUGUACAGCCAGGGGAGAGACCUAGUCAUUCACAAACGAGGAGGGAGUUGGAGAGGAUGAAAUUGGCUCUCGUAACGAAAGGCCACCUUUUUCAACCUCAUAUGAAAGAGUAUCUCUUAAAAGAGAUUUCGCUCCUCACGGACAAAAUAAACUCCAGUGCUGGCUCUUCUUAACCAUUAAAAAUGCAUUUUGUAUUAAUUAUAUGUUUCCAAUGUAUAUAGUUUUGAUCCAUAUAUACUUUUUUAUUUUUGUUAAUAUUGAUAGAGCUGUGUAUGUUAUGAAUGUUGUUGAGUCUGGUGAAUCAACUUGAAAUUAAAUGUAUUACUAUAUAUAGGCUACUGC